AUGAGCGGCAAUUUGGUUGAUCCGUUGAGGAAUAUAGCUGAAGGUGAAUUGGGGGCGCUUGGAUUUAGUUUUGGUCUUUGUUUUGUGUUUAUGUUACUUUUGGGUGCUUCUGUUGACAGAAAUGCUCUUCAAUGUGAUGCAAUGAUAUCAGAAAAAUUAUCAUUAACCAAACUUGUAUUUCUUGGAGGUCUUUACAUUUCUUGUUUGUCAGCAAUACUUUCUUCUACGUUGGGUACUUCUAGAGUAGUCCAAGGAAUUGCUAAUGAAGGAUUGUUUCCUCAAAUGAGCAAAUUACUUAUUGAGGAAUCUUCACCAACCCGAGAAUCACACCGUGCAACAGUUUUAGUUACAGCAUUUGCUAUAAUACUUUUAUUGCUUGGAGAUUUAAAUCAAAUUGCUAUACUUUCUUCUCUUCCUUUUUUGUUUACCUAUGCUACUGUCAAUUAUGCUUAUGUUUCUCUUUCUAUGAGUGAUGACUUGGAGGUUUUGAAUAAUGAAUGUGCUGCUGAAAAUGAGUUUGUAAAAAAGAGAAAUUAUGCUGUAAUUGGUCCAAUAAGACUUUAGAAAAGAGAAAAAUCCCUCCAAUAGACGC